AUGAUGCCCGCACAGCACGUUUACGGACACCACCAAUUCAAUCCACAAGCCGACUCGGCAUGGAUGCAUCAGCAGUCAAACCAACACCAUCAUGCCCAGCAAGCUGCUGCCGCUGCCGCUUCUGCCGUCCAGCAGCAACAGCAGCAGCAGCAGCAGCAGCAGCACUAUAACCGACUCGCUGGAGGUCACUCUGCCGUUCCUUCCCUUGGCAACACGCACGCCCCGGAUGGAGGUCACGACAAUAUUUCUGAGGAUAACCGAAGAACCAUGGCCUACAUAGCUGAUCUCUUAAACGAGAGCACUCGUGAGGCUGCUCUUUUGGAGCUCAGUAAGAAGAGAGAGCAAGUUCCUGAGCUAGCUUUGAUUCUGUGGCAUUCAUUCGGAGUCAUGACCUCCUUGUUGCAGGAAAUUAUCUCGGUUUACACCCUCCUGAACCCGUCCCAACUCACGGCUGCGGCAUCCAACAGGGUGUGCAAUGCCCUAGCUCUUCUCCAGUGCGUCGCAUCUCAUAACGAUACGCGCACGCUUUUCUUGAAUGCUCAUAUCCCGCUCUUUCUCUAUCCCUUCCUUAACACGACAUCGAAAUCGAGGCCAUUUGAAUACUUGCGCCUGACGUCGUUGGGCGUCAUCGGCGCCCUUGUCAAGAACGACUCGUCCGAGGUUAUCAACUUCCUUCUGACCACAGAAAUCAUCCCUCUAUGUCUUCGUAUUAUGGAAACGGGCUCCGAGUUGAGCAAGACUGUGGCUAUCUUCAUUGUACAGAAGAUUCUCCUGGACGACAAUGGCCUGAACUACAUCUGCGCCACCUACGAACGCUUUUAUGCCGUGGGCACCGUCCUAAGUAACAUGGUCGCUCAGCUUGUUGAACAGCAGACUGCACGUUUGCUUAAGCAUGUCGUCAGGUGCUUUCUCCGGCUAAGCGACAAUGCUCGUGCACGUGAAGCCCUCCGCCAAUGUCUCCCAGAGCCUCUUCGAGAUGCGACCUUUUCUUCCGUGCUUCGGGAUGACGCGGCAACGAAGAGAUGUCUAGCGCAACUUCUCAUCAAUCUUUCAGACAAUGUCGUCGAACCCCCCCAAGGGGGGCACCCAGGCCUGUGA